AUGAAAUAAUUAGAUGCUUUCUAUCAAGAUGAUUCAAAUUAAAUAUAGUAAGAAGAGACAACAGGUGUACUUGAAUAAGAAAAUGAUCAAUCUUUCAAACCUCAUUAUGGAAACAACUGCAUGUUUAGAUUUUAUAAUGGCCAGCCAUGAUUUACAAUAGGUCUUCACUGUAAUUCAUUUAUAUAUGUAGGGUCUUUGAGUCUUUGCGCGAUUAUUUCUAUAAUAGUUGGAACUUAUUUUAUUAGCUCUAUAAUUCGCCUUAAAUUAGUUAUAUAUGGUAUAGCUUAGGAUCCAUAAUGAAUGGCUUAAUGUUGGAAGUAUGCUUUCUCAGAGUUUUUCUCAAAAAUCCUGGAGUUAAAUUUAAAUUAAAUUAUGUGGCAAAAAGUGAGAGUAUCAAUUUUUUUUAAUUAAUUUGAUAUUUUAGAAUCCUGCUAACUGUGCACACUUAUAAAAGAAUAGGGAACUUAUCAUUGCUCUAAAUGUGAUAUUUGUGUUAGAGGUUAUGAUCAUCAUUGUCCUUGGGUUGGAAAAUGCAUAGGAGAAGCCAACAUAAUCGAAUUCUAGAUGUUCCUUCUUUCAUUGUUAUUUUUUUUCACUUGCAAUUUAAUUUUAGUAAUGAUUUGA